AUGGACAACCCGCAGCUCCAGGAUUACGCGCAGAUGCUCGAGACGCAGCAGGCCCAAGUCGCGUCUGAAGUGGGCGUGAAGUCAGAACACAUCGUUUACAACUACAUGCACGCGAGCAACGGGUUCGCAGCGUCCCUCUCCCCGCAGCAGGUGAGGCGGCUGGAGCGACACCCGGCAGUGGCGGCAGUGACUCGCAGCCGCAGAGUAACCCCUCUCACCACCGACUCGCCCACCUUCCUCGGAAUGCGCGCCCCCGGGUCGCUGUGGCCCGCCAAUGGCGGGCAGGGGAAGGCGGGAGACGGCAUGGUGAUAGGAGUGGUGGACACGGGUAUCUGGCCGGAACAUCCCUCCUUCAGCGAUGCGGGUUUCUCCUCCUCGAAACCCGCCGGCUGGUCGGGGAAAUGCGACACGACGAGCGAGUUCAAGUGCAACAAUAAGGUCAUCGGCGGAAGGGCGUUCUACAAGGGCUUUAAAAAGUCCAACGGUGAUCCGGACCUGUCUUCGGAUUGGUUGUCUCCUCGGGAUUCGCAUGGCCACGGCACAUGGUGUGCAAGCGCGGCAGCGGGCAACAAGGACGUGCCCAUGGCGGGCGGCAAGGCGAGCGGCAUGGCGCCAGCAGCGCGCCUGGCAAUGUACAAGGUUCUCUGGUACUCUGAAGGCUCUCUUACCGGGACAUGGGCCGACAUCGAGGCGGCAGUCAACCAGGCGGUAGCGGACGGUGUGGAUGUCAUCUCGAUCUCGCUGGGCGGCAUGGAUAGUAAGGAGACAUACUUCGACCACAUGACGUAUCUCAGUGCUAACCUGGCUGGCGUGUUUGUGUCAUAUGCAGCGGGAAAUGCUGGCUCGCCAGGCUACUGGGAUCCCGGGUACUUCCGCACAAUCGACAACUUCUCGCCCUUCUAUCUCACCGUGGGGGCUAGCACCAUAGGCCGUGGCGGAUUAACCCUCAAGGCCACCACAGCAGUAGCAGCAGCUCUCAGCAACUCAUCCUCCUCAGCAGCCACAGCCUUCCCAUCCAUCGCCGAAUUCUCCUCCACAGGCCCCCUCCAAGACCCUUCCACCGAUGCCACCGGAGCUCUUCCUACCAACAGCAUCUUAAAGCCCGACAUUGUCGGCCCGGGCGUGGAUCUCUAUGCUGCCGCCCCGGGCUCAAAAAUCGGGAAGCCGGGCAGCUUCGCACAAAUGUCCGGGACGUCGAUGGCAACGCCUCACUUGGCGGGCAUUGCUGCUCUCAUCAUGCAGAAGCACCCCUCGUGGAGCCCCGCGCAGGUCAUGUCCGCCAUUUUGACCACCGCCAAGACCACUGACACCAGCGGUGCUGCUAUCAAGAACGGUUAUGGUGAGGUUGCUACUCCGUGGGAUAUGGGCGCUGGUCACGUGUUCCCUCGCAAGGUGCUGGAUCCUGGGCUUACGUUCGACGCUCGAGCAGCUGCGUAUCGGAAUUUUCUUGCCGGGCAGAGCAUGAAGCGGGCACAGAGGCACUUUCCGAAUAGCAAGCUUACUGCAGUUGCUCCCCAGAGAUGGAGGGAGCAGGGCGGUGGCUUGUUGUCCUCCCCCUCCUCCCCCUCUUCCCCCCCUUCCCCCUGGCCGUCCGCGUCUGGGUUCCGCCCCAACUACUUCUGCUCGCGCUUUUUCGCCCUCUCCCCCUGCCUGGGGGGGAGGGGGGGCGCGGAUGGGGAGGGGGACGAGGGGGAAGAGGGUGAGGAGGCGGAGGUGGGGGGAGAGGGGGCGGAGAAGGGGACGGAGGGGGCGGGCAAUCAAGGGGCGGUAGAGGGGUGGGUGAGGUAUGAGCAGGAUGGGAGCUUCACGGUUGGGCUGGCAGAUGGGAGACAUGUGGCAGCGUGUGGUUGGGUGGUGGAUGGGGAGGGGCGGCGGGUGGAGGUGGAGGUGGGAGGGGAGAGAAGCCAAGUGUCCUUCUUCCACGAGAGCAUGCCUGACAGCAUUCGCACCCACGUGUGGGUGAGCGGCCACAACCUCCAGUUCUCCUCGCCCUUCCCCUCCAUCUCCCCCUUCCCCCUCGACGAUCACGAUGACUAUGAAUACACCGAUGAUGAUGAUGAUGAUGAUGAUGAUGAUGAUGAUGAUGAUGAUGAUGAUGAUGAUGAUGAUGAUGAUGAUGAUGAUGAUGAUGCUCAUGCUCAUGUUGAUGGUCCCGGCGCUACCAAAGAUGGGCAUCAUGGUGACAGCGUGACCCCUUUGAUGGCUGCUCCUUCUCACCUUCUUCCCCUUACUCCACUCUCUCCCCACCCCUCCAUCCCAUACCCAUCAGCCUGA